CCCCGCUCCUCCUCCUCCUCGCGUCCUCGCCCCGCGCACCCCGGCUUCUCUGCUGCGCUCGCGGGCGUUGCUCUCCGACCGGGACCUCCACCUGCACCUGGGGAUGGUGUCCGAAUCGGAGGGGAGGCCGCUCCGGGUAGGCCUCGUCUGCGGCGGGCCCUCCGCCGAGAGGGGCGUCUCCCUCAACUCCGCGCGCUCCGUUCUCGAUCACAUUCAGGGGGAGGACCUGCUGGUCAUCUGCUACUACAUCGACUGUGGUAUGAACGCGUACGCCAUAUCACCUGCUCAGCUAUAUUCAAACACACCUUCAGAUUUUGAUUUCAAACUUGAAAGUCUAGCCCAAGGAUUCCAAUCCCUAUCUGACUUCGCGCAGCAUCUUGCUGCCAAUGUUGACAUUGUCUUCCCGGUGAUCCAUGGAAAAUUCGGUGAAGAUGGUGGUAUUCAGGAACUUUUGGAGAACGCAAAUGUUCCAUUUGUUGGAACAGCCUCUAGAAAUUGCCGCGUAGCUUUUGACAAGUAUAAUGCAUCGCUUGAGCUCAGUGCACAAGGCUUUUUAACAGUACCAAACUUUCUUGUAGAGAAGGACAAAUUAGCUAAGUCGGAAUUGGAGGGAUGGUUUCAAAGCAUCAAUUUGAAUAAAGAAAAUGGGAAAGUAGUGGUAAAACCUACAAGGGCUGGAUCAAGUAUUGGUGUAGUUGUUGCUUAUGGUGUUAACGAUGCAGCUGAGAAAGCCGAGGGAAUAAUUUCAGAGGGAAUUGAUGACAAGGUUAUCAUAGAAGUUUUUCUUGAGGGUGGCACUGAGUUUACAGCCAUUGUUGUUGAUACUGGGACAGCUAAUAACAGUGAGCCUGUUGUUCUCCUUCCCACAGAGAUUGAGCUUCAAUCGUCCAGUAAUAGUGAUAUUCAGGAGGACACAAUAUUUAACUACCGUAGGAAGUACCUUCCAACUCGACAGGUUGCUUAUCAUACACCUCCACGAUUUCCAUCAGAGGUUAUUGAUUGCAUAAGACAAGGAUUGUCUCUUUUAUUUCGCCGGCUUGGCAUGCAUGAUUUCGCGAGGAUAGAUGGUUGGUUUUUACCUACUCCUGUUACCUCUCUACCUUCAGCUGAAAAUACUGGUAAAUUUGGAAAUAUCAAAUGCGGUGCUGUACUUUUUACUGAUAUUAAUUUGAUAAGUGGGAUGGAGCAGACCAGCUUUUUAUUCCAACAAGCUUCAACGGUUGGAUUCUCUCACUCUCGGAUCCUUCGUACAGUUGUUCAGCAUGCUUGCUCGCGAUUUCCAUCUCUUGUACCAUGCAGCAAUGCAUGGACUGCUUUGUCCAGAAAAAUACAAUCACCAAAACAAGCAGAAGCAAUACAAAAAGGUACAUCCAAAAAAAAGGUUUUUGUGAUCUUUGGUGGAGACACUUCUGAGCGGCAAGUCUCUCUUAUGAGUGGCACAAAUGUCUGGCUUAAUUUGCAAGGUUUCGAUGAUCUUGAUGUGAUACCUUGUUUGCUUACGCCUGGAGAUGAGUACUCUUCUCACGAUCAAAAUAUCAAUGAAAAUUCACGUGAUGUGUGGAUAUUGCCAUAUUCAUUAGUACUACGACAUACCACUGAAGAAGUUCAUGCUGCAUGUAUUGAGGCAAUUGAACCAGAACGGAUGGAAGUGACAUCCCGUUUACGUGACCAAGUAAUGAACGAACUUGGACAGGCAUUAAGCAAACAUGAUUGGUUUGUGGGCUUUGACAUUGCCAAUAAACAACCUAUCAAAUACUCUCUGCAACAAUGGAUCAAUCAUGUUAAGGAAGCUAAAGCUGUAGUGUUUAUAGCAGUGCAUGGUGGUAUUGGAGAGGAUGGUACCAUUCAAUCACUGUUGGAAUCUGCAGGAGUUCCUUACACAGGACCUGGACCAAUAGCAUCUAGGACAUGCAUGGACAAAGUUGCGACUUCACUUGCUGUUAGCCAUCUGGCUAGCUAUGGAGUUCACACCAUACCAAAGGAUGUAAGGGCAACAAAAGAGAUACUUAAGUCAUCUCUCGCUGAUAUCUGGAAUGAACUGAAAGCGAAACUACGAACUGAAACAGUUUGUGUGAAACCUGCUCGUGAUGGAUGCUCAACUGGUGUGGCAAGAUUGUGUUGUCCGAAGGACUUGGAGGUCUAUGCAAAUGCGUUGGGGAAAAAACUUCAUCGCUUGCCUGCCAACUGUUUAUCUAGGGCACAUGGUGUCAUUGAGAUGCCAGUCCCUCCUCCAGAGUCAUUGAUAUUUGAACCAUUUAUUGAAACCGAUGAAAUUAUCAUUUCAAACAAAUCAGUGGAUGAUAGUACCCGACAUCUGGUGUGGAAGGGGGAAAAUGAAUGGCUUGAAGUGACUGUUGGUGUAGUUGGCAAACGUGGAGAAAUGCAUUCAUUAAAUCCAAGUAUCACGGUCAAAGAAAGUGGUGACAUUUUAUCUCUUGAGGAGAAAUUUCAAGGUGGAACUGGCAUUAACUUGACACCACCUCCUUCGACAAUUAUGAGUGAGGAUGCACUGCAGAAGUGCAAAAGGAGUAUCGAAGUCCUGGCAAACACCAUUGGAUUAGAAGGCUUUUCAAGAAUAGACGCAUUUGUUAAUGUUCGAACUGGGGAGGUACUGCUGAUAGAGGUAAACACUGUGCCUGGGAUGACUCCAUCCACUGUACUGAUUCAUCAGGCACUGACGGAGGAACCACCCAUCUAUCCCCACAAGUUUUUCCGGACUCUUCUGGAUCUGGCGUUUGCAAGGGCGAACUAGCUAAUCAGCUAGCUUCCAGGAGCUGAUUGAUACCUUUUCAUUUCAGUGCAAAUAAGGUGCUCUACCAUGUAUCUAUCUGUAUUGUAGUAUGCAACUGCUGUGAUGUGAUCAGUACUGUAUCGACGUUGAAGAAUUAACGUGCUUAUCUGUAUUAUUACUAGUAGCGGUAUGCAUGGGUGUUGCUUUCGAUCAUCAGGUUAUGCAUAACCACUCGAUAAAAGUCGCUCACGGAGAUGCAAUGAUUAGUACGUUACUGCUGCA